ACAGCAAAUCCGGAGAAGUAAUGACAACAACAAGCAACGUUGACGCUUAACAGUUCAUUUUAACUCGUUUACUCUUCUACAGCGUCGUUUAUAAAACGAACUUUUACACUUUUACAUCACGGGUAAAACUCACGCGGUGACACGGCAAAUGUUUUAUUGAGUUUUCUAAAGUAAAGUAGCUUCCCGGUGCUAAAGUGAACAGACUCUUUUCCACAGCUGGCUGAAUAAGUGAGAACUGAUACUGUAGGAGAACGAGAUGAAUCUGGGAUCCAAAGGAAAGAAGAGGAUGGUCCUUCCGACUCGACCUGACCCUCCGUCAGUGGAGCAGAUCAUAGAGGACAUAAACCGAGCUUACCCCAAUGAUCCAGUCUUCAGCCUUCUGCAGGAGUCCAGCGAAGAUUUGAAGGGGGGAUCAAGCAGCAGUGAAGUGGAGACGAGGUACCUGCAGAGCCGCCGGUACCUGGAGCUGAACGAGAGGCUACAGGAGGCGCGCACUGAACUAGUACAGAGAAGAGAUGAGCUCAGAACAGUGGGAGAGUCUUUAGAGAAGAGUGUAGCAGAAGUGAAGGACAGAGCAAUCUGACAGACCGCCAUGUGCUGUUGGAAGCCUCUCACUUCGCUGGUAUUGUGGUGGGUGUAGGAUGAAUGAUUAAGUUAUGUUUUGAUGAUUUUGAACUGUUGUGCCAGAAAGUGGACUGUCUGCUCUUUACCUGUACUGUGCAUCAUAAUUUCUGAAGAGCUGGAGUGUGGACCCCAACCAACAAAACAUUUCUGUCACUUACUAAUCAGAAUUGAAAUGGCUGUUGUUCCUUAUAAUUCCCUAUGACUUUAUUAAUAAUCGCUGUGUGGAAUAAGAUGUUAAUACAGUGAUUAUAUUAUCAUUAUUCUGUUUGACUGAAGAUGUCUAGACACACGGUCUAAAAGUAGACUGGACUGCUGUCUGUACUUUGUUGUGCUGUUUGUGCCAGAUUUAGCAGUGCCGUCAAAUCCUGCCUUUUAAUUAUUGUCCUUUGAUUUUGGGUUAUGCUAUAGCUGAUGCUGUAGUUCCACUGUGGGAUGUCUUCAUAACCUGUUACACGAAUACCAGCUAAACUGGUUUAUAGCAUUGUGUUUACAUGCACUUAAUAAUCUGAUAACUGCAGAAAAUCAGAUUUUGUCAGUAAUCCGAUCAAGGUGUUUAUAUGCACUUCAGUAAUCAUAUAAUAGGAAACUAUGGGUCUGUGUGUGUCAGGCAGGAAUUGAAUUUCUGCUUUGCAACCAGCCAGUAAACUCACAGAAGACGUGAUGUAAAUGUAAAACCAAACUUCACGCCAUGGCUUUUUUUUAAAAAAAAACACACAUCGCGCCACUUUACCUGAAAAUAUGAACAUAUGAAAUAUUUAAAUCCUUCAUUUCAUCAUGAAUGUAGUCAGUUUCAGCGACGCUUCAAAAGUGUUUUGCUGCCAUCUCGCAGCAACCCCGCUUGCUUAUUUUCCGGCACAUGCGCAGACUGAGAAAUCCGAAAGAAAUCCGAGUAAGAGUUUAUAUGCACUGAGAAAUCUGAUUACUGAGCUAAAAUCCAGCUCUCUUUAGCAGAUUUCUUAAUCAGAUUUCUAGAUCGGAGUAUGGUGUUUACAUGACCAUUUGCAUAAUCAGAUAACUGCAAAAAUCCGAUUAUGAUUGGAUUAUUGAGUGCAUGUAAAUGCACUCAUUGCUUCGCUCAGCUGUAAUGAACUAAAGAUAUUGGUCCUGGUGUUGUGCCCACUCCAUGAAACAAAUAGCUUAUAAAACAGCUCAUGUUAAAGGCACUUCAUUGUCCAUAUAGGCUAGAUUGAACAUUCAUAUAUGUUAAAGGGGGCAUUCCAGACUAAAACUAACAUUAAAUAUUUUCAUCUUAUGCAGUAUUCUGUAGUGCAGCACUGCAUCCCUUAGUCUCUAUGUUGCAUCAUUUUUGUUUUCCCUCAUCCAUAUUCUCUCACAACAGUAUCCUUAUGGAUAUGUACAAUAUGGAUUAUUCGGUUACAUCAUACAACCACUGAGAAUCCCCCCUACACAAAACCAGACUGCUAGCAUAGCCACCAAUUUAGAGGCUAUGCAUAGAUACAUAGAUGACAUAUUCAGCUUCCUGGUUGUAACGGGUGACUGGAGUUUGUCUGUGCUAGUAAACUAGUAAACCAGCCA